AGUGAACCCAAUAGAGGGACCUGAGAGCCGUCUUCUCAUGGAAUCCUUCUUCCGUUGCUUGCUUACUGGUUCAGUGUAGGUGACCUCUUCUGAACCCUAGGUAAAUUCCAGUCCCUUCCCUCCUAAAAGCGCUCUCCAACACUUCUCGCUUCUGCCGGAAGAUAAGCAGCGGCUGCCGUUGAGGCGGAGGUGGAGAAGUUGCUGGGAUGGAGAAUCACAAGAUAAAUGUUGUCAGGCUCCGCGUACGCGUUACGGCGAAGAGCCGAGGGAAGGAAUCGGAAUCCUCCUCUGGAUCUUCAAAUAAGCCGAGGGAACGGGAGUGCAUGAAUUCAGUGACGAAGCUCCAGCGUCGGGAGAUCGGUGGGUUCCAGCGGAUUGACCGCGGCACAUCGUCGAAUGCACCUGAGAAGUUCAGGAACAUUCAACUCCAGGAGGAGUUUGAUACUUAUGAUCACAAUGUUCAUUGGUUUUUAAAAUUACAAUUUCUCAAAAAGAGAUCUAAGAUUAUUGAGAUCGUUGCAGCAAAGGAUGUUAUUUUUGCCCUUGCUCAGUCUGGUCUUUGUGCAGCCUUUAGUCGUACAACAAACAAACGUAUAUGCUUCUUGAAUAUAAGCCCUGAUGAAGUAAUUAGGAGCCUCUUCUAUAACAAGAACAAUGAAUCGCUAAUCACUGUAUCAGUUUAUGCAUCCGACCACUUCAGUUCCUUAAAAUGCCGAACAACUCCGAUAGAAUAUAUAAGGAGGAAUCAACUUGAUGCAGGAUACCCACUUUUUGAGACCGAGUCUCUCAAAUGGCCUGGUUUUGUUGAAUUUGAUGAUGUCAAUGGCAAAGUUCUUACUUACUCAGCUCAGGAUGGAAUAUACAAAGUCUUUGACCUAAAGAACUACUCCUUUUUAUACUCAAUAUCUGAUAAAAAUGUACAAGAAAUUAAGAUCAGUCCAGGAAUCAUGCUGUUAAUAUAUCAUAGAACUCCUGGUUAUGUUCCAUUAAAGUUACUCUCAAUUGAAGAUGGUACGAUUUUAAAGUCUUUCAAUCACUUAUUACACCGCAACAAAAAAGUUGACUUCAUUGAGCAGUUCAAUGAGAAGCUUCUGGUGAAACAAGAAAAUGAAAAUCUUCAGAUACUUGAUGUUAGAAAUUCAGAAUUAACUGAGGUUGGCAAGACACAAUUUAUGACACCUUCUGCAUUCAUCUUCCUGUACGAGAAUCAUCUUUUCUUGACAUUCAGAAACAGAACAGUUGCUGUGUGGAACUUUAGGGGAGUACUGGUCACCUCUUUCGAAGACCACUUGUUGUGGCAUCCUGAUUGCAACACAAACAACAUUUAUAUUACCAGUGACCAGGAUUUGAUAAUUUCCUACUGUAAAUCAGAAGAAGGAUGCGAGGAUGUAGGUAAUGCUUCUACUGUUGGAUCCAUCAACAUGAGCAAUAUUCUUACUGGGAAGUGCAUUGCCAAAAUAUGUGCAAAUGACCCUUCAAUCCAGAUAAGUCCUCGUAGAAGAGGAGAUAGUGGUAGAUCUUCCAUAAGGAGUACUGUUCGCGAAGCCCUUGAAGAUGUUACAGCGUUGUUCUAUGAUGAGGAUAGAAAUGAGAUAUACACUGGAAACAAACAAGGCUUGAUACAUGUCUGGUCAAGUUAGCUUCAUGAUUUUCAUUCUGAUAUGAGAUCAGCUCAUUUACAUGUAAGAUUUGUGGCAUUCUUUCUUAGAGGCAUUACGGUAUGUACAAUUGUUAUUUUAACUCACUCACUAAUCUUAUUUAUGUGCAUUAUUAAUGCAUCAUUGGCUAAGUAAUGGCUUGUAUUAUAGCAGAAGUUUUAGUUUAAUGAUGCUUCCUUAUUUGUUA